CUGCCCAGCCCUGGAGGGACUGCCCCAGUGGGCCCCUCUGAGGGGCCCCUCCCCUGGCCUGCCAGGUGGGUCACCCUGGUGUCAGCCUUGGCCAGGAGGACCCCUAGUCGGCCCCAGUGACUCCUGCCUUGGCCUCAUUUCCUCUCUUCUCCCUUCUUAUCCCAACCCUCUCCUCUCAUAGAAUGGGGGGUCCCCUGGAGAGCCCGGGUCCACUUUAGCAGGGCUUCUGGGAGGACCGAGGCCUCCGCACAGGGAUGAGGAGAGGUGCUGUCUGGACAGUGCCUGGGACCUUGCUGGCAACGAGCAUCAAAGACUUCCAACAUCAGACCUCAGCAGUGUUUAUUUCAGGUUCAGUCGUCUGUGUAUAGACUCUGGGGUCUUAAGAUGUUCAUUACAUGGGCAUUUUUCUAUCAUUGCACUAAUUUUUCUUGGUUUUGUUUUAUAAAGUUUCUAUACUCGUACAUGUCUGUCCACAACACUUGUUGCAAUCUUUGUUCCCAAUUCGUAGUCUGCCUUUGAGUAUUUUUUUUUCAACAGGUACUAGAAUCUGCUGAUUUCUUCUUUGGUUGGUACCUUCCUUUGUUUUUAUAGUUGGAAAGUCAUUCCUAUACAACAAAAUAAAAUCAAAUCAGGAAUUGUUUAGAAUGGAAGACAGUGCCCAGUUCCAGGGGAAAGGCUCUCCAGGACAGAGUCGCAACAGCUCUGAAGCUCAGAAACCCCCGGACGAGGCUUCCCACGAUGCCUGUGAAGCUUCCAGAGCCUCUGGUCUCAGGAGUGGGCUUGGGUGGGGAAGCUACUUUUCAGCUGGCUGCUGGCCUCCUGGGGGCAGCAAGAGUCCAGGCCUCAUUCCGCCCCACACUUCCUGGCAGGCCCAAGACAGCUGUCCCAAUUCCGAGCGCUCAGGGAACCUCAGUGUGACACCUCCUUAGCCUGUUGCUUGUCUGGGCCUAGGCGUCCCACCUGUAAAAUGGGGGCACUCCCAGGGUUGAGGUAGGGCCCAACAAUGGCGGGCCUCUUCACAAUGGUUUCCAGGCAACAGGGACUCCUCUCAGGGAAGGGAGUCAGACACUGAAAGGGGCUGGAGCCAUCAAAGGCGCUAUUGAGGCAAGAUGACAGCUACUCAGAAACACAACCUCUUCACGCCAGAACCUCACUAUAUCCCCGGCUACGCCGGCUUCUAUCCGCAGCUGCGCUACCAGGUGGGGAACACCUAUGGGCGCACCACAGCGCAGCUGCUCACAGACCCCAGCGUGAGGAAGAGCCCCUGCUCGGUGUUGUCCCCCAUAUCCAAGCCCAAGUUCAUCGAGGACUUCAGCAAGUCCAAGCCACCUUUGAUCCCCUGCCGCGACCUGACUGAGCCCUACACCCCCCACUACACCGGUCUGAAGCCCUACAAGAACUUUGAGAUCCUGGGCCGGUUCCCACCCCAGGAGGUGAAUGCCCAGGAGGGGCCGUCGGGGGCAGAGAAUGUAUCCAGGCAGGUCCUGCGGCCUGCUGGCUUCAUGCCCUACCCCCCUUACCCUCCGUGCCCACCAGGCAGGAAGGGGGACUCCAGAGACUUUGGACACCCAGGCCUGCGGCUGGCAUACGGUGAGGAAGGCUGGAAGAGCACCACCCCUGUCCACGAGGCCCCUGAGCGGGCCCAGCUAUACCACUGCAGGAGGGAUGAACACCCACCCCCAGCCCACCAGCAGGAGACAUUAGAUGUGGGCAGGUUUCACAGGCUGCCCCAGCUGGACCACCCCAACCUGAUCCAACGCAAAGCCAUCUCAGGCUAUGCUGGCUUUGUCCCUCGCUUUGCCUGGGUGAUGGGGGUGAAUUACUGCGAUGGUGUCACACAGGCUAUGGACGAGUUUGACAAGAAUCAGUUCCUGAUCAAAAAUCCCAUCUGUGCCCUGGGUGAAAGGCUGCCCAGAACACACUGGCCCAGCAACACCAUCUAUAACAGCAAGGGCCUGAUACCUUUCUACAUGGGGUUUAUACCAUCCAUCCAAGACAACUACGCAAUGACGUUUGGCAACAGCACCCGCAAAGCCUAUCAGAAGGAACUGGAGAGGCGAGACCAGACACUAUGAAAAUGCUUUAAUGGUGGCGUCUGUACAGCAUGUGACGUCAAGACAAGGAAAAGAGCAAGUGCACACAGAGACAUGGCUAUCAGAGAACAGACCGUGAGCGAAUAAAGAGUUCACACAGCUUC